CUCUUUGACAACCCCGGAAGAGAUCUGAGAGCAGCAAGGGGAGAGAAGAGAGAACAUGCAUCUGUAAAUUUGCUCAAUUUCGGGUAAAUUCGUGUGAGCGUAUUAGGACCACCAACCACGUCCUGGGGUGUCCGUGGCGAUGUUCUGUAGCUACCAGGAGAGGGAGGAAGUGGAGGAUGAGCUGUACGCCGAGUACGAGUCGGAGGGGUCGGAGGUCGACAGUGAGCUGGAGUUGCAGCUGUAUAGUCAGCUGCACUAUGCUUCCAACACGGGAGAAAGGGAGAAGGAAGGAGAGAAGGAACCCGAACACCACCAGCCUUCCCAGUCACAUGACGAGGGUGAGAACUACAUACGGCAACUCCUGAAACAUCACACAGAGCAAAGUCAGGAAGCAGCAGCGGAAAAGGAGGUGGAAGGUCGCAGGUCAACCCAGGAGCAGGUCAUUGUCAUCGACUCGAGUACCGAAGUCAUCACAAUCUCGGAGGACGACACGGACAACAGGGUGUGUCAUGUGAAAGGUCGAAGGCUGGGGCCAAAGCCACACCCCCUCAAGGCCUCGAUACUGGCCCAGCAGAAGAAGAAGAAGAAGAAGAAGAAGAGGAGCCCCAGUCUGGACUCUGUGGUGGUUCUGGUCUCAGAAGAGUCUGAAUCACAAUCAUCGCCCGGGUCGGAAUCAGAAUCCCAGCCCAAAUCCAAACCAGCGUCCGAGUCGGAGUCGGACGGCUUGGAGAGCUGGAUGAUCCUAGGAGGGGGCCGGCAGGAGGAGGACAGCAGCAUUCAGCUCAACCUGGAGGGAGGAGCCCACAGCAAUGCAGGUGACGUUGGUGGUGCAGGUGGUGUCUGGGUGGUGUCUGGGAGAGACAGAGAGGCCCAGAUCUCUAACCGAGAUAAGAAUCAGCCAUUCCGCCGGGUGUCUGCCAGGUACUACACAGAUAAGAAUGUCACCUGCAUCAACUGCAACAAGAUUGGACAUCUGUCCAAGAGCUGCUCGGAACCAAGGAAGGUGCCAUGCUGUGCACUGUGCGGGCGGUCAGGCCACCUCAUGAGGAUGUGUCCCAGCAGACACUGUAUGAACUGUGGGCUCCCAGGCCACCUGUACCAGGCCUGCCUGGAGCGCAGUUACUGGCACAAGCACUGCCAUCGCUGUGGGAUGACUGGCCACUUCCAGGACGCCUGCCCAGAAAUUUGGCGACAGUACCACAUCACGAUCCAGGCAGGUCCUCCAAAGCAGCUGCAGUCUCCGGAUAAUGGCAAAACUCCUCCCUACUGCUACAACUGUUCCAGGAAAGGACACUUUGGCCAUGACUGUUCUCAGAGGAGAAUGUUUAACGGAACAUAUCCCAGCACCCCCUACAUCAACUACUAUGACAUCAAAGGGGAUUUCAAUCGCAGAGACUACCGAAUACAGCAGAGGGUCCAAGAGCUGACAGAGGCUGGCCUGUUUCCUUCAGAGCUCCAGACUCCACACACACCAGACGGACCGCCCAAAAAGAAACAGAAAAGCUCAGCCAACCACUGCCCUAAACCCAGCCACACCCCUUACCAGAACCACAAACCAGUGCGCAUCCCUAAUCUCAUCCGUAACCAGAGACCCAUGCCUGCUCCCGGGCACAGCAAGCCAGGGCAGGCCAAAACAUGGAUGCCCAAAACCAAGAUUGCCAACAAACAGCAGCAACAUUCGAAACAAAAAAUUCCCAAACAUCUGAACACCCCCAAAAUUGGUUCUGUAGUUAAGAAACCAGCCACGUUGAUGGUGGAUGAGGCUCAGGACUUCCCUCGAGGUGGAGACCAGAAGAAGAAAAAUAAAAAGAAGAAGAAAAAGAAGAAGGAAGGUAUGGUUCCUGAAGACCCCCCUGUGUUCUUCGACACCACCCCGUCUUCCUCAAGACCCCCACGGCCUGGGCUCCACCCUCCAGAAAGACUAUUUGGGAAAGGGAAGACCAGCGCAGUGAAAAAUAAGAAGAUUAGAGCGAGAGGAAGGGACAGGAAGGCAGCUAACAUGGCCGCCAAUGAGAUGUACCCCACAGACGAAAACCUGUUCAUCAUUAAACAAAGGAAACGCCAGAGUUUAUAGGGUUAGUGACUGAAGAGAGGCUGUCUCCUGAAGGGUGUGUGCGUGUUUGAAAUCAGAAGUACCCUUACACCCAGUGUAACACUCUAGGCCUUACAUCUCCACCAGGUGGACACAGAAGGAACUACACCUAUGUCCUCAUUGCGCGUGUCAUAAUCCAAUAUAAUGGUAAUCUCAGACUAGAUCGGGGUUGGUUUUAGUCAACCUCAGUCAAAUCAACACAGACACAUUCAUUUUCAGUCAGUUAUGGGUUGUGGUCAGAAAAUGUUCAAACUUUGCUUUUAAUUUAAAGUUUGGAUUGAAAGGCCUGAAUAUGAUAUUGACUUGUUGUAGUAAUUAUGGCCCAAUAAGACGAGACAUUAAAAAAAACUUGAUCUAUGUAUGACACUCAUUUUUAACUACUCAUUGAGUGCUAUUACAUAUUUAUAAUGUGCUUUAUGCUGACUGUUAACUCUUGCCUCUCACUCAUUGAGUCAGCAUGGAAACUGAUGGCCUUACUGUAUUGUCAGACCUGGAUCAAAUACUAUUGAGAACCUUAGGUGAAUUUGAUUUGAUACACUACAUUUUUGGGCCUGUAUCAAGUGCUCCUUAAGUAUUUUAAGAAAUGCGUUUGACCCAGGUGAUUACAGUGACUUUACUUUUGUGUCAAACAGAAAAUUCACUGAAUUUAGGCCAAGCUGUGUCCUAUAACAUGGUGGUACUGCCUUUGCAGUUGCAUGAACAACGGAAUCAGCAUGUCAUCUUUCAAGAUUCAAUUAAAAUAAUUUGAUAAAUGCUUCAAGUCUGUUCGGGGCGAGUCUAUUCCACAUUAUCCAUCUAUUAAAGAUCAUUGUUUUGAC